GCCCCGCCCGCCCGGACUUUACCUCCCGGCCGGGCCCGCGCCGUUCCGGGCCAUGUGAGCCGCGGGGCCGGGCCGCGGGGCCGCAGCGGCUGCGGGAUGGAGCGCAGGAAGGUCUUCGUGGCGCUCGACGUGCUGUGCCUGGCGGUCGCAUCUCUGCCCUUCAUCAUCCUGACCCUGGUGAACUCCCCAUACAAGCGAGGCUUCUACUGCAACGAUGACUCCAUCCGCUACCCCUACAAGGCAGACACCAUCACCCAUGGCCUCAUGGCCGGGGUCACCAUCAGCUGCACUGUUAUCAUUAUCUCAUCAGGGGAGGCAUACCUGGUCUACACUGACCGUCUCUACUCCAAGUCAGAAUUCAACAACUACCUGGCUGCUCUCUACAAGGUGGUUGGGACCUUUCUCUUUGGGGGGGCCAUCAGCCAGUCCCUGACCGACCUGGCCAAAUACAUGAUUGGCCGUCUCCGGCCAAACUUCCUGGCUGUCUGUAAUCCUGACUGGUCCAAGGUGAACUGCUCCAUCUACGUGCAGCUGGAGAAUGUCUGCCAGGGAGAGAGCAAGAACAUCACCGAGUCCAGACUGUCCUUCUACUCGGGACACUCUUCCUUUGGGAUGUACUGCAUGAUGUUCCUGGCGCUCUACGUGCAGGCCCGGCUGGUGGGGAAGUGGGCCCGGCUGCUGCGUCCCACCAUCCAGUUCUUCCUCAUCGCCUUCGCCAUCUACGUGGGCUACACCAGGGUGUCCGACUACAAGCACCACUGGAGCGAUGUGCUGGUGGGGCUGCUGCAGGGGGCUCUCAUUGCCGUCCUCAUUGUCCACUACGUCUCUGACUUCUUCAAGCAGCGUCCCCCGCGGCAGUGUGAGGAGAAGGACCCGGAGCGCAAGCCCAGCCUGCCCCUCACCCUGAGCGACCCCGACCACAAUCACUACAGCUACCGGGGUGCCCCGUGAACUGCAGACCUGCCCCUUGCCGUGCUCCUGGCUCCGGGGACAGGGACUCUGGCUCUGUAUUAACCAUUGGCUCCACGGCUCUGGUGCCUCUGGCUGACACAAGUGGGACAGCCCUGCCUGUUCCCGCUCCCACAGCGCCGCGGCGCCUGGCUCCCCGUGCCCGUGGUGCUGCCGGUACCUGGCGAUGCCCUGCCCGUGGGAAGGGGAUGUCCUCACCCACUGUGCGUCUGAGUCACGCCCCAAGGCUGCUGUCCCAGCCCUCCGUGUGGAGGAAGGGAGGGAGGGGAGAGUGGCACACGUGGGGGUGGAUUUAUUGGGCUGGCAAAGCACACUGAGUGAAGAGCAAACUCCCUUGGGAAGUCUGAGAUUGCCUGGGCCGAGUGUGUGUUGUCCCUGUCAAAUUAUCCAGCCAUACAAGUACAAAUCCUCACAGGCACAGAGGGAGGAGGACAGCUGCUGGGGCUAGCUAUACUUUUUUGGAAAGGAUUAAAGCAAUCCAGAACUC